UCAUUCGUUAUUAUGAGUUUAACAUUGAGCCGCACUACGAGUAUUGAUGAACUUGGAGAGCAUGUGCAGACUGUUGAAUUCGGCACAAAUCUGCUUAGUACUCAGAUUAAUUGCGUGAUUCGAGUACUUAAGGAGUCCAUAGAAAUCGUAAAAAUUUCUCUGAUUUUACCGCAUAUUUUGGAGAAUCCAGAUGAAGCUCGAAGUGCUCUGAAAGGGUCCAAAUAUGAGCCUGCUCUAAAGCUUUUGGAAGAUUAUACGCUGCGCCGUGAUAUGAUUAUCAGAGCGAAAAUACCACCGUUAAGUGAUCAUGGCAUGAUUAAAAUAAUUGAUUUCUUUCAAAAUAACUAUAAGAUCUACGAGCUCUUUCCAAAUCUAAUGAAGAAAAUAUCAUUUCGCGACAAAUAUUUCCUGAUUACUUUUGAGAGGCUUUACAACAUCUGCGAGCAUCACCUGUUACGCAGUUCCAAAAAAGAAAUUCACAACGAACGCCAGCUUAAUGCCAUCUACUUGGAGAAUGAAACUAUUAAGAGAAAAAUUGAGAAACUAAAGGAGGAUUUAGCCAAGCAGAUUGUCCGAGAACGAUGGAAAAUGGCUGCCAAGAUAGUAUAUCUACACAAGUGCGAAGCGAAAAUUAUAGAGAAAAGACAACAACAUGAAGAGCGAAUGCGUAAUGAAAGCGACAAUUGUCAAGAAAUUAUACGAAUGAAUCGAAAAAGUGUUGCUGAGGAAUUAGUAGUGCUAGAAGCGGAGAUUAAACCCUUGCAGUCGGAAUUUGAAAAACAAGUCAAAAUAAAUCAAAACGAUUUAAAGAAUUUGCGAGAUGAAAAAACUAAGUUGGAGUUUCAGCUCAAAGCCAGCAUUGAGAAAUAUGACUCAACUAUUCGUCAAAAAAUGAUCAGAAACAUGGAACUACAUGAUGAGCUGGUUAAAUCACAAGAAGAACUUGAUAAAGUUAUGAUUGAUUAUCAUCGAGAGGCAGCAAUUUUCAAUGAUAUUGUGGUUAAAUUCGAAAAUGAAGAGAUUCUCCGCAACCAACGUCGAAUUUUGACAUAUAUGAUGAAUCGAGCCGCAAGAACAAUUCAAAGAUAUUGGAUUAAAUGGCGCAAGACUCAACGACGAAAAUCACGCCUUGAGAAAAAGAAGAUCAAAAAACAACUGAAUAAAUACAAUAAGAAAUAAAAAUAGAAACUUAGAGGAAAUUUGCAGUGAAAUAUUUAAGCACAUCAAAAAUAAAUCAGGUGCUCCACCAAGUAAAGUUAAUGAUCUUAUGAAUGUCAAUUCAAGCAAAUCGGAUUGGAAUGUCAGUCCUAAGCUUAUUAAAAUACUUGGAAAGUCCAAAAGAUAUAAUAAAUGCUUUAAAAUUAAAA